ACGACACAACAAGCAAAACUUUUACUUUCAUAUUUAAGUUUGGCUCCCCUGACAUCCAGUCAUAUGAUCGGCAAGCAAGAAGGGCGAGUUUGGGCGUUCAAGUUUUAAUCUUGACAAAUCCUAGACUUAAAGUGACAGACAUAAUUUUUUAUUGAAAAAAAAAUUCCAAAUAAAUUGUCAACAUGAAGGGUUGUAUGUUUAAUAUAGAUGGUGGAUAUUUGGAAGGGCUUUGCCGUGGUUUCAAAUGUGGAAUACUUCAACAAAGCGAUUAUCUCAAUUUAGUUCAAUGCGAGACUCUCGAAGAUUUAAAGUUACAUCUGGCUGGUACAGAUUAUGGAAGCUUUCUAGCAAACGAACCGUCACCACUUUCUGUUAGUGUCAUAGAUGAUAAGUUAAGAGAAAAAUUAGUCGUAGAGUUUCAACACAUGCGUAAUCAUUCUGUUGAACCACUGGCACAGUUUCUUGAUUUUAUCACCUACAGUUAUAUGAUCGACAAUAUUAUAUUGUUAAUUACUGGUACUUUACAUCAAAGGCCUAUCUCUGAAUUAAUUCCAAAGUGUCACCCACUUGGUAGUUUUGAACAAAUGGAAGCUAUCCAUGUGGCUGCUACGCCAGCUGAAUUAUACAAUGCUGUUCUAGUAGACACACCGUUGGCACCAUUCUUCGUGGAUUGUAUAUCCGAACAAGAUUUAGAUGAAAUGAAUAUUGAAAUUAUUCGAAACACGCUUUACAAAGCUUAUCUAGAAGCUUUUUAUAAAUUCUGCAAAGAUAUUGGUGGUACGACUGCCGAUACUAUGUGUGAAAUACUUGCUUUUGAAGCUGAUAGAAGAGCUAUCAUUAUAACCAUUAAUUCAUUUGGAACUGAAUUGGGUAAAGAUGAUCGUGCUAAAUUAUAUCCACGCUGUGGACGUUUGAAUCCAGAUGGAUUGGCUGCAUUAGCAAGAGCUGAUGAUUAUGAACAAGUUAAAGCUGUGGCUGAGUAUUAUGCAGAGUAUAGCGCCUUAUUUGAAGGAGCAGGUAAUAAUCCUGGCGACAAAACUUUGGAAGAUAAAUUCUUUGAACACGAAGUUCGUUUAAAUGUUCAUGCAUUCCUUCAACAAUUCCAUUUUGGAGUAUUCUACAGUUAUUUAAAACUAAAAGAGCAAGAAUGUCGUAACAUUGUUUGGAUAGCUGAAUGCGUUGCACAAAAGCAUCGCGCUAAAAUCGACAAUUACAUUCCAAUAUUUUAAUCGUAUCUUGUUUUGUUUAAAUCAAUUACAUAUUUUAA